GGGCGGCCCUCGGCGGGCGGGCUCUCGGGCAGCCCAGCGCCAGCGCCAGCGCCGGACGGGCCCCGCCAGCGGCAUGGCUGCGACCCGCGCCUCCAACGACCGGCCCCCGGGCGCCGGCGGCGUCAAGCGGGGGCGGCAGCAGCAGGAGGCGGCGGCGACCGGGUCCCGCGUGACGGUGGUGCUGGGCGCGCAGUGGGGGGACGAGGGCAAAGGCAAGGUGGUGGACCUGCUGGCCACGGACGCCGACAUCGUCAGCCGCUGCCAGGGGGGCAACAACGCGGGCCACACCGUGGUGGUGGACGGCAAGGAGUACGACUUCCACCUGCUGCCCAGCGGCAUCAUCAACACCAAGGCCGUGUCCUUCAUCGGCAACGGAGUGGUUGUCCACUUACCGGGAUUGUUCGAAGAAGCAGAAAAGAAUGAGAAGAAAGGCCUCAGGGACUGGGAGAAGAGGCUCAUCAUCUCCGACCGAGCCCACCUCGUGUUCGACUUCCACCAGGCGGUGGACGGGCUGCAGGAGGUGCAGCGGCAGGCGCAGGAGGGGAAGAACAUCGGCACCACCCGCAAGGGCAUCGGCCCCGCCUACUCGUCCAAGGCGGCGCGCACGGGCCUGCGCAUCUGCGACCUGCUGGCCGACUUCGACGAGUUCUCCGCCAGGUUCAAGAACCUGGCCCACCAGCACCAGUCCAUGUUCCCCUCCUUGGAGAUCGACGUCGACGGCCAGCUCAAGAAGCUCAAGGGCUUUGCCGAGAGGAUCCGGCCCAUGGUCCGGGACGGCGUGCACUUCAUGUACGAGGCGCUGCACGGCCCCCCCAAGAAGAUCCUGGUGGAAGGCGCCAACGCCGCCCUGCUGGACAUCGACUUCGGGACCUACCCCUUUGUGACGUCCUCCAACUGCACGGUGGGCGGCGUGUGCACGGGGCUGGGCAUCCCGCCCCAGAACGUGGGCGACGUGUACGGCGUGGUGAAGGCCUACACCACACGCGUGGGCAUCGGCGCCUUCCCCACGGAGCAGAUCAACGAGAUCGGCGACCUGCUGCAGAACCGCGGCCACGAGUGGGGGGUGACCACCGGCAGGAAGCGGCGCUGCGGCUGGCUCGACCUGAUGAUCCUGCGCUACGCCCACAUGGUCAACGGCUUCACCGCGCUGGCCCUGACCAAGCUGGACAUCUUGGACGCCCUGGACGAGAUCAAGGUCGGCAUCUCCUACAAGCUGAACGGGAAGAGGAUCCCCUAUUUCCCAGCGAACCAGGAGAUCCUGCAGAAGGUGGAGGUGGAGUACGAGACGCUGCCCGGCUGGAAGGCGGACACCACGGGCGCCAGGAAGUGGGAGGACCUGCCCCCGCAGGCCCAGAGCUACGUGCGGUUUGUGGAGAAUCACGUGGGCGUGGCAGUGAAAUGGGUCGGUGUCGGCAAGUCCCGGGACUCGAUCAUCCAGCUGUUUUAGCCGGUGACGGCGGCCGCAGUGCCGUGACUUAAGACACAGGAGAGGACUGGGUGGCUGCCUGCUCCUCCUGACGCUGUGGGCGACGCUGACCCUCUUACACGUCGGGACGCCGGCCACGCGCACCGCCCGGCCCUGCUGUUUACAAUGAGCCGCGGCGCUUGGGCGCACGGAUGUGGAUGGCUCCUUCCUGUCACAUGUUGUGUGUCCGGUUGGAGCAGGUCAGCAAUAAACAUCGGGGAGCCACUGAGCGGGAGUGGUCACGCA